AUGGACUCGAAUAUCUGCGAGCGAAACUUUUUGGGUAGCAGGUACAUUGGUACUCAAGUCACCUUCACCGACCCGUUUGUGGGCACCUGGGUGGUCGUCGAGAAGAUGAACGAGAAGUACAUUCAAGAGCACCCCGAAGACCGCCUGUCCUACCCCUCGUAUGCUUUCGCCUCGUUCGUCUGCCAGAACACCGAGGAUCCCUCCCAACAUGCUAUCAUGAAAAUAUGGAUGCAAAUCCCCAGCGUUGGCUCCGAAGCCGAACUGGAGACCUUUCUUCGGGUGCAUAGAAUGAGUCUCCCUGCUACCCCCAAGUUGCUCGGUGUCAAGCAAGGCACCCAGAACGAAGAGGGCAUGGUCCCUGGCGGCUUUAUUCUCCACCUAGUUUACACCCGGGCACCCGGGGCCCGCCUCGGUCCUGCCGUUGAAAACAUGUCUUUAUUCUGGACCUUACCUGAAAGGACUCGCGAGGCUAUCCGGCAAUCCUUUCGGCAAGGAUUUAUAUCUCUGACCCGCGCAGGGGUUAACUUCAGUCGAGGCACCCUCGAUCAUCUCGUCUGGGACGAGGAAACGGGCCAAGUAUACUUUAUCAACUUCGAGUACUGCAGUUUCGGGCCAGAAAAGCCGUGGAGAAAUCGCAUCUUUGGUGUUUGGUACCUCGCGAAUCCGCCCAAGUCAGCCAAGUGGUACGAAGACGACUAUAAUGAUACGGAUUUGAAGGCGGCGAAGUGGGAACUGUGA